GCUGACUGAGGAAGGGUGUUUUUUUCUUCUCUGUAUUCAGUACUUUUUUCAGUUCAUGCUGUGUGCACGGUGCAUGGUUCCUCAGCAUGUUUUUUGCACAGACAGAGUCUCCAGGAUCACUUUGAGGAUCUAACAAGCCGACUGUUGAAUUUGACGGAUCCCAGUGAAUCAGUGCCUAAGAAGAAGAUUGCGGGUUAGAGGCAGCUACCACCAACUCCAAAAGAAAAAGGAUUUACCCUGCUUGGCAACACAUUUCACCGUUAUGCUUUCAAUUGCUUUGGCAUAACGUUGAAUAGGACUACUUUGACAUCAACUUCUUCUACUGCUUCUCAAUGACUUCUUAUGCACCAGACCAAAACAUGUCUGUGAAUUCAACGAUUGACCACUGCAAAGUACCCAAUAAUUUCACGUAUGAAGUCCUCUCCUGGGUGAUGGUUGGAGAGUUCGUGCUGGGUCUGCCUCUCAACCUGUCGGUCCUCUACAUCUUCAUCUUCAGGUACAAGUUCUGGAAGAACAAAAGUAUCUUCCUGUUCAAUAUUGUGGUUGCGGACUUCUUGCUGAUGGCCAUUCUUCCUGCCAAGGUUUACCAUUACCAAAAGGGCCAGAGACGCAGCCCAAUUAACGCCGAGUGUAAGACGAUGCACUUCAUGCUGUUUCUCAACCGAGGGGCCAGCAUCGCCUUCCUCAUCACGCUCUCCAUCGACCGAUACUUCAAUGUGGUUCAUCUCGGGAGGAGGAACUUUGUCAAAGUGCUGAAGAAAACGCCUCAAAUCUCCAUCCUCAUCUGGGUUCUCUUGCUGCCCCUCACCAUCCCCACUAUGGUCAAAACGUUUGAGUGCUGCAACAGCCACGGCCGUAAAGAAGAGACGCCUUCUCACGAUGUGACGGACACCUUUCGAGAGAUCGUCUACUUCACUCAGAUCAUCAUCCCCUUCAUCAUCCUCGUCUAUUGCACUGUGCGCAUCGUGAACCGGCUGCGGAGGAAGACCGUGGGCGAGAAGACCAAACUGAGGCGAGCCGUGCUGGUGGUCAUAUCGGUCGUUGUCGUGUUCGCCCUCUGCUUCCUGCCAAGCACUAUAGCCAGAGCGGUGCUGCUGUCCGUCAGGCUGAUGGACUUGCAGGUCGAAGAGGACGUUGUGGUUCAGGUGUACGACAGCCUCAUGGUGCUGUCUUACAGCGACUGCCUGCUGGACCCGCUGGUUUACUGCUUUUGUAACUCAGGGUUCAAAGACGCUUACAUUUCCACCUUUUGUCCCCAGUUUCUACAGAGGAAACUGUUGAAAGCUGACUUUGGAUUGGGAACAACAAACACAACAAUCACAGCAACCACAACUAUGAAUUCUGGCAAUAGAACUGUGUCCUUGCCGAUAGUAGAGAAAUGAUCAUGUAUAUCCCUUCGGGGAGUUUAUUUACUGAGAGCCAAACCACUGUUCCACAUAGGUGUUUUCAGCAGAUUACACUUUUUCUCAGAAAACAUUGGAUAUUGCGAU